UAUAAAUAACUUCAAUAAUUACUCUUUUUUUCUCGCAGAAACCUCUUUUUGGUAAUAACACUGGGCAUUACAAACCUUAUAAUUUGGAGAAUAAAAUUGUUUAUUAAAAUUUUAAAAUAAAAUAUUGUUACGGAUUAUUAAACACUUAAACCACCCACAUCUUUGGCAAACGGAAGACUUAAUUUUCAGAUAGUAAAACAAAUAAACAUUAGACGAGACAAACGUAGUGUGUGUGUGUGUGUGUGUGUGUGUGUAUGUGGUGACAGCCAACAGCAGCCCGCCAGCCACAACAUAAAUUGCAGCCAGAAGCAACAUCACCAUUAACAAUUACCACCUACGCUUUAGUAAUUUUCCAUUUUCCCCUUCAGUAAUUCUCGUUACAUUCGUUUUGACACCCAAAAGAAACCAAAUUUUUAAGAGACACACAACAAAACACAGUUGUUGCCGUCGUCGUCAUCGUUGUAGUUGUAGUUGUAGUCUCUAAUCAUACCAAAGAAGAUGCAGUGCGGUCUAGAACAAAUGAACGAUAGUGAACGUUCACCAAAUCGAACAAAUUUACGAGUAAAUUUCAAUGAAAAGGGUUCGGAAGUUAAAGAGCGUCGUGAAAAGUUCCUCACCGCUAAAUAUGGUUCACAUCAAAUGAGUUUAAUACGUAAACGUUUGGCUGUCGAGAUGUGGUUGUACGAUGAAUUGCAAAAACUUUUCGAUCCGCCGAGCGAAGCCAUUGAUGUGGAUAUUGAUGAAAUUCUAGAUAUGGAUACAGACGAUAUAAGAAGAUCUCAUUUAAUUAGAUUAUUAUCAGUCUGCAAACGCCCGCAAUCUGACAUAUCGAAAUUCAUUAGUGAUCUACUGGAUCGGGCUAAAACGCUGUAAACAUUUUUCUUCAUCACACUUACACACCCACACUCAAGCAUAUUUCAACAAAUACAACCGAAAAACAAUUUACAUUUUAAUUUUAAAAAAAUAAUUAUAUAAAUUUGUUUCGUUUCUUUUUCCUUUUUUUUG